GUGUGUGCGGGAGGGAGAGACAGAGGGAGGGAGAGAGACACAGGGAGAGAGGAGCAGAGGGAGGGAGGGAGGCAGGGAGGGAGAGCAAUGUGCCUUUCACAGAGCUGGGAGCUUGAUGGGAAUGUUUGAUUAGCUCCUCUCUGAAAGAGAAAAGGUGUCCAGGCCUCCCUCUGCUGCCUGUCUCUCUUUCUGUAGAAUAAUGUUGACUGGAGUUUGGGGUACAGAAAAGCUUGGAAAUAAUAGCACUUUCAUACUGUGUGGAGAAAAGGAAUAAAAAGUUGCACACCUCAAGCAAGUGCUCCUUAGUGACAGAUCCAGAUUUUGCUUUACUCACCAUGAAGGUCACAGUCAUUGCAACCUUCUUUGGUGUGUUUCUUUUAUGUACAUACGCAGCUAAGGAAGCCACAAGGAAGACAAAAAAGGCUAAGCUAUAUGUACCCCAGAUCGAUUGCGAUGUCAAGGCGGGGAAGAUAAUCAAUCCAGAAUUCAUUGCAAAAUGCCCUCCUGGAUGUCAAGAUGUAAAAUAUCGUGUUUAUGGCACAGACAUUUAUGCUUCCUUUUCCAGUGUGUGCAAUGCUGCAAUUCACAGUGGCAUAAUUGACAACACAGGUGGGAAGAUCCUUGUCCAGAAAGUUGCUGGCCACUCUGGUUACCGCGGGAGCUUCUCCAAUGGGGUCCGGUCGCUGUCGCUGCCGCGCUGGAGGGAAUCCUUCCUCGUGUCAGAGGGCAAGCCAAGAAAAGGUGUGACAUAUCCAUCAACUCUUGAAUAUUCUUCCUCAAAAAGCACAAUUGUGAAAUCAGAGCCUAAAAAGCCAGAGCAAGACCUAAAAGCUAUGAAGAGUGCAGAUACCGCUAACGCAUCAGAAAAAACAUCGGAACAAGGGGACACAAUCCACAAAGAGCAUCAGACACCUCCAGUGCCGACACCAGCUACACAAAUGGCCACCACAACCCCGACACCAACAACCACAACAACGGACCCUUCCACCACAAUGCCAAAGCCAACAACAACAGCUGCAACAACCAGAACCACAACACUUGCAGCUGCAGCCAAGACUCGACCUGGACUGCAUAGGUUCAGAAAUAUAGGUUCUAGCAAUGUCCACCCAGCAUACUCAUCUGUGGUAGCUGCAGCAUCAAGACAGGUUCAGACUGCACAAGGAAGAGGACAGAAUACAGCAUUCAGGGGAACUUCCACCUCUGCAAGUAACAGAAAUAUUUUACAACCCAAUACAGGUCUUCAGCGCCAAGAGCCUGUCGCUGCCUUCCGGAGGGCUGCCGCCUCUCCAGCCCACCUGGCAGUGGAAACAGACUUGUGGAAACCUGGAUUGAACCUUUUUGAUACAGGCUUCAGUUCAAAGGAAAAAUUGAAUCCGAAGCCGCUGGAGUCCAUCUCCCAGGGGAACCCAAAUUGCAAGGUUGAUUUGUCCUUCUUGAUGGAUGGGAGCUGGAGCAUCGGUAAACGUCGCUUUCAGCUCCAGAAGCAGUUCCUCGGUAACGUGGCUCAAGCCCUUGGCAUCAGCAGUGCUGGUCCUCUGAUGGGCAUCGUUCAGUAUGGUGAUGAUCCUUCCACCGAAUUUAACUUAAAAACGUAUGUCAACUCCAAGGAUGUAAGAAAUGCCAUUGAGAAAAUCUCACAGAAAGGUGGACUUUCCAAUGUUGGGAAGGCACUUUCAUUUGUCAACAAAAACUUCUUUUUGGAUGCUAAUGGUAAUCGAGGUGGAGCACCCAACGUGGUUGUGGUGAUGGUGGACGGGUGGCCAACAGACAGAGUGGAGGAGGCCUCCAGGCUGGCCAGAGAAUCAGGGAUCAACAUUUUCUUUGUCACUAUUGAAGCAGCUGCUGAAAGUGAGAAGCAGAAUGUUAUCGAACCAAAUUUUGUGGACAAGGCCGUGUGCAGGACAAAUGGUUUCUACUCCAUCAAUGUGCCCAGUUGGUUCAGCCUCCACAAGGUGGUCCAGCCCUUGGUGAAGCGGGUCUGCGACACCGAUCGGCUGGUUUGCAGCAAGACGUGCCUCAAUUCGGCCGACAUCGGCUUUGUCAUCGACGGCUCCAGCAGCGUCGGCACCAGCAACUUCCGCACAGUUCUCCAGUUUGUAGCCAAUAUCAGCAAGGAGUUCGAGAUUUCGGACACCGACACCCGCAUCGGAGCAGUUCAGUACACCUACGAGCAACGGCUGGAGUUCAGCUUUGACAAGUACAGCACGAAGCAGGAUGUGCUGAGCGCUAUCAAGAGGAUCAGUUACUGGAGCGGCGGGACCAGCACGGGAGCAGCCAUCAGCUACGCCUCAGAGCAGCUGUUCAGCAAAUCCAAACCCAACAAGAGAAAGAUCAUGAUUCUCAUUACAGAUGGCAGGUCUUACGACGAUGUCAGAGUGCCGGCCAUGGCAGCUCACCAAAAUGGAGUUAUAGCUUACUCCAUUGGAGUUGCUUGGGCAGCCCAAGAUGAACUGGAAGCCAUCGCAACAGACCCUGACAAGGAACAUGCCUUCUUCGUGGAUGAAUUUGACAACCUCUACCGCUUUGUUAAUCAGCUCAUCCAAAACAUUUGCACAGAAUUUAAUUCCCAGCCACGGAACUGAGGGACUCAGGCAAGGCGGGACCCUCGAGCACUGCACACACCAAGUGCCACAGGCAAAACAUCGGCCCUCAGUUCAAGAAAGAGUGGAGGUGCUUUUCUCUGGUUCUUUCCACUCAACAAGGUUGAUCGCAGCUCUGUCCCUAUGCAUGAUAAUGCUCUGCGUAGACUGUUGUUUUUUUGGUUUUUGGGUUUUUUCCCCUCUCUGCUUUCAGGCUGCAGUAACUCUGAUUUGGAUGGAUAGCAAAAGAGGCAGAAAACAUGGAGGAAAUAACUGGAGCUAUUUGAAAAGCUGCUUCUGUCAUAGAGCCCUGGCUUGUCUAAUUCCCACCUUUGGGCACAGGCACACACAAGUUCCUUAAAACAUACCACCUGCUCCCUGAAGUGGCCAGGUCCCUCCAGGGAGCAGCCACACUGCUCAGCCCCUCUGCGUGGCAUUGCCCACCAGAUGACACCCACGUCAGGGCUGAAAUACCAGUCACUUUUUUGGGGGAAACAGGAUUCAGAUUUGAGUACGUUCUCAAAAGCAGGCACUCUCUCCAUACAGCUGUUUUGCCAGCAAGAUAAGCUUCAGCUAGUGUAAAUUAAAGCAUUGAGAUUUAUCCAAACCCAGAGACUGGAAAGCAAGUGAGAGGAGCAAGUCAAGCUGUGGGACUCUACAACCAUUUGACAACCCCAGUAAAGCCCCAAAUCAACAAAGCGGCCAACGGGAAUCUAGUGUCCUACAGUACUACAUCAUCAUUUGAUUUUGAUAAGUGUCUCAUCCCCUUAGCUCUCUUGCUCUGUUCUCAUGUGGCUCAAGGCCUGCAGGAGAGUUGCCAGGACAGAGGUGACUCUUUGAGAAAAAUGGUGGGUUUAAACUGCUCACAAUGGCAAAAGCAUUUGAGACCUGCUGCUCUACCGUUAAACCACAGCUCAGUAGAGUUUACAGCAGUCUCUAAUGUGAGGAGAGCUAUUCAAGAGCCAUUAACAAGAUUUAAUUUAAGGGCGAAUUAUCUGAACUUCUGCACUAUACUGGGAAAAGCAGCAUUUUGAGAAUUUACAGAUGCCCGCUCGCAAAUCUGGGAUUGACUGCCAUUUUAUGGAUUUAUUUCAAAAUGAACCUACUACAGCUCUGAAUUAUUCAAACAACACAGUUGUUCCUUAAGUAAGAGAUAGCCAUAUCACUGGUCAGUAGCGGAGGAGUGACAUGUUAUUAUAAGAAAGUCAAAAGAAUUGCACUUUAUUUAAGAAGCAGCAGUUGCUGGCUAUGUUUCCAUCCAGUACAAUUUAAGAAAACAUGUUCAUUAAGCAAAGUUAUCAAAGGAAAGGAACAGAGUUGCAGAGCCAAUAAAAAUGUGUGUGUUCAUGCACCUUAUGGCAACCAAAGCCACACCACGUCGUGUUUGUGGAACUAACAGGAAAUGGAAAGCAAUUAAAACUCAAAUUUCACAUCUUGCACACAAACCAGGCUUCUAAUAGCAUUUAUAGUUUCAAUGACCACGACCCAGGAUGUCUAUUGUUCACAUAAAAAUGUUAAUUGAAGUAUAUCUGUCAGUGAAAGCCCAACCUUUCAAAUUGUUAUGUUUAGAAAUACGACACAAGUAGAUAAAAAAUUACCAAUUAUGUAAGCAUAAUGUAAAUUAAUGAGAACGGCAGUUUCUGCAUGAUCUCCCUGGUAUGGUAACACAAGCCAGGCUGGGGUCCUCUCAAGAGCUGUCCUGGAUGAAACAGUGGUUCUACACAGGGAAGGUUCAGAUCUUCCUUCCAGAAGAAACAGUUCCAGCUUUAAUAAUGCUAUCCAGAGAGAAGACACCGGGCACUGCCAGCUUCCAAAAAAAGCAAAACAAAGACGUAAAAUAUACAUGUACACAGAGCUUUUAGCAUUCAUCUGUGCCACUGCACUUCCACAGCAGUAUCAUCUUGGCUUGAAAAAAGUAAAGAUUAAGCAUAGAGAGUGAGGUAGAAGCAGUGCAGCCCCCGAUGCUCCCAUCUCCUGACCCACCUCCCUCACCACUGUUCUGCAGAAAGCAUCUUUCUCUGUCGACAAGGCACAUUACACAGGCUGGACAAAAUUAAAAUGAAUUUACUAUGGACUUCAGUUCAGACACCAGAUUUAUUGUCUGGAAAACCUGUUUUCUUGAGGUUUAAUUUGGGGCUCUCUGAGAAAAAGGCCUAAGUCUUACUUUUUAGCUACCCUUAAUAUUGUGGUUUAAUUUUUGAUGCAACAGCUUACCACCACAUACUGUUUUCCAUCCCAUACUUUAGCAAAAAUGGAAGACUGCAGAGACUCACCAUUUUACUCGUGCUCUGCUGAAACCACAGCACAGACAGCAGAGACAUUAUCAGCAGUUAGAGCUACAUGGGUUCUUUAGGAUAUGCAUUUUAAUUUCUUCCAAAAUCUUAAACUUCCAGCAAUAACAGUAAGCUUUCAAACGCUCUUUUACAGGGAAGUUGCACAGCUAUCUUCUGUGUCAAGCGUCAAGCAUUUAUAAAGGGCACUUCAAGGUUUGUUGCUGUUUAAAAGGUUUAUCUUACAUUUAUAGAACUAUAGCCCUCAGUUGACAAUGUGCUUUUUUAUUAACUUCUCAGGAUGACUUUGAAAUUGUUGUAUCUCAAAGGGCAAAAGUGGUUUAAUGUCUAUCUGAUUCUCAUCUCAACUUAGAUGUCCUACUCAUAAACACUGUAAACUUGAGCAUAAGCCUCAAAACUUUUAAGAAAAUACCCUUCCAUUAACAAGAGUGGAUCAGCACAGAACACAGUCCUCGUAACCAUUACCUUUCAUAACAAUCAAACUACUUGCCAUCUAAUAAGGUCUCUAAACAUUGUUUUUUGAAAAAAACCAAGAUAACUUCCAUCUAAGUCUUCAUAAAUGUUUGAGGGGGUAUAUUUGUUUGAAGAAAGCAGCAGAACUCCUUCUGUAACAUAUACAAGCUAUUUUGAGCUUAUCAAUACAAGUUGCCAUAUCUUUUGCAAUAAAAUUGUCCCAAAGGCGUAUGUAAUAAA